UCAUUUUUUGAUAGAAACUCGCGACUUUUUCUGUUACAGCCCAUGUUGCUCUAAUCCUAUUUUUAUAUCUGUGCUGGUCUCCUAAAAACCUAAUCUUUCCGGCCAAGAUUUCUUAGCGCAGCAGAACGAUUUUGUGUCCUAAUUAUUGGUGCUGUACAUUGUUCAUGACAUUAUGGGAUACCUGGAUAAACAAUCCAUGGAUAAAUUAUCAAGAUGGCUUCAUCCAAGUUAUCUGUCCUUGAAAUUGUUCUUCAGGAACUGGGGCAUGUUCCUAUGGGCAGAACUAUUUAACCUCACCCUGAUGUUCUCCGCUGUGUACCUCUUACAGCGAGUCCUGCUGUUCCACAAGCUGCGGCUUUGGCUCUAUUGGCUCGGCGUGGUUGUUGUCAGGAAGUUCGUGGCUGGCGGCUUUUGUACAAGCGAUGAGCGGCUUAACGGUUACACCAUCAUCAUCACCGGCGCUGACUCGGGCAUCGGCAAGGAAGUCGCCAAGGAACUCACCCUUAGAGGCGCGCACCUGGUGCUGGCAAGUCGCGACACGGAGAAGGCGGAGGCGACGAAGAAGGAGCUGAUGGCCAUCAAGGGCUCCGUGGAAGUGCGGCACUGCGACCUCUCGAGUCUGGAGUCGGUGCGGGCUUUUGCUCAGGGCAUCAUCGAGCACAAGUACCAUGUGCACAUGCUCAUCAACAUUGCCGGCGAGAUGAUGUGUCCGUACUCGGAGACGGCGGACGGCCUGGAGCGACAGAUGGCAGUGAACCACCUGGGCCACUUCCUGCUCACCAACCUCCUGCUGCCGUGGCUCACUCAUGACCGUCCCGCCAGAGUCAUCAACGUCUCCGCCUCCGCUCAUAUUGGAGGAGAGAUCCCGUUCGGUGACUUCAACUACAAGUCUCAGGAGUACAGCGCGUGGAAGGCGUACUGCAACAGCAAGCUCGCUACUGUCCUCUUCACCAGAAAACUCGCCCAGAAACUCAAAGGUUGGAGAUAA